AUGGAAGACUGUUAAUGGAAACUGCUGAAACAUCUUCUCUUUGUGGUGGAGCUGCAACAGCUCAGGGCUUGGUGUCCUUUGAGGAAGUGGCUGUGCAUUUCACGGAGGAGGAGUGGGCUCUGCUGGAUUCCAGCCAGAGAGCCUUACAUGGGGAAGUGAUGAUGGAGAAUUCUAGGAAUGUGGCUACUCUGGCUUAUAGGCACGAGCAUGAGAAUUACAAGGAGCCCAGUGUAAUGCUAUUACAAAUUAUCAAGUCUGAAGAAGGGAUGCUUGGAAAUCAAAAGACAUCACAAAGGAGUAAGAAAAGUUGCAUAAUGAAUGGAGGGAUGAACUCUUCUCCUGGAUAUAAUGAACUCCAUGACUUCCCAACUCUGCUAGUUCACCAACUAGAAGAAAAAGGAAAAUAUAUUGGAUGUGGUGAAAGAGACAAAGAGACAUCUGAUUUCACUAAACAUUGUACAACCCAGACUAAAGAGGAACAAUACGAAUAUCAAGAGGAUGGGCGUAUCAGUCAUACCUCCUCUCUUAAUUUACAUCACCAAUCAUAUCUCAAAGAGACACCAUAUACAUUUAUAAAUUGUGGAGAAAGUUUCAAUUUGAGCACUCAUCUUAUUUCUCAUAAAAAUGAAAAACGGUAUGAGUAUGAAGAGGGUUCCAGUAAGAAAAAGUUGCUUAUUUUACCUGCAGAUACUCCCCCAAGGGAGAAACCAUAUAAAUGCCUGCAGUGUGGAAAGGCCUUCACUCAGAGAUGUAAACUUAUUAUACAUGAAAGGAUCCACACAGGGGAGAAACCAUAUGUAUGCCUAGUAUGUGGAAAGACCUUCACUCAGAGAUGUAAACUAAUCAUACAUGAAAGGAUCCAUACAGGGGAGAAACCAUAUGUAUGCCUGGUGUGUGGAAGAAGAUUCAAUCAGAGUGGUCACCUUACAAGACAUAAAAGAACCCACACUGGGGAGAAACCAUAUGCAUGCCUGAAGUGUGGAAGGAAGUUCAGUGAAAGUUCAAGCCUUGUGAUGCAUGUAAGAAGCCACACAGGGGAGAAACCAUAUAUGUGUACAGAAUGUGGAAAGAGCUUCCGUCAGAACAGUGUCUUUGUUUGCCAUAAAAGGGUCCACACUGGAGAAAAACCAUACAAAUGCCUGGAGUGUGGAAAGAGCUUCAGUCAGAAUAGUAGCCUUUUGAAACAUAAAAGAAUUCACACAGGGGAAAAACCAUAUCAGUGCCUGGAGUGUGGAAAGAGCUUCAGUGUACGUUCGGAUCUUACAUAUCAUAGAAAAAUGCACACGGGGGAGAAAUCAUAUAAGUGUUUGGAAUGUGGAAAGAGCUUCAAUUGCAGCCGUUAUUUUAUUCGCCAUAAAAAGAUCCACACGGGAGACAAACCAUACAAAUGCACAGAGUGCGGAAAGAGCUUCAGUCAGAACAGUCACCUAAUCAAACAUAAAAGAAUUCACACGGGGGAGAAGCCGUAUCAAUGCCUGGAGUGUGGAAAGAGUUUUAGUGCAGCCUUGCACCUUACAUAUCAUAGAAGAAUGCAUACAGGGGAAAAACCAUAUAAGUGCCAGGAAUGUGGAAAGAGCUUCAACUGCAGCAGUUAUUUUAUUUGCCAUAAAAGGAUUCACACAGGAGAGAAACCGUAUAAAUGCCUGGAGUGUGGAAAGAGAUUCAAUAGGAGUAGUCAUCUUGCUUAUCAUAAAAGGAUGCAUACAGGAGAGAAACCAUAUAAAUGCACAGAGUGUGGAAAGAGCUUUUCAUAUAACAAUGGUCUUAGAUAUCAUCAAAGAAUCCACACUGGGGAGAAACCAUAUACAUGCUUGAAGUGUGGAAGGAAGUUCAGUGCAAGUGCAAACCUUAUGAUGCAUAUAAGAAUCCACACCGGGGAGAAACCAUAUAAAUGUACAGAGUGUGGAAAGAGCUUCCGUCAGAACAGUGUCUUUAUUUGCCAUAAAAGGAUCCACACUGGAGAAAAACCAUACAAAUGCACGGAGUGUGGAAAGAAUUUCCGUCAGAACAGUAACCUUAUCAUACAUAAAAUAAUUCACACAGGAGAGAAACCAUACAAAUGCACAGAGUGUGGAAAGAGUUUCAGUCACAAAAGUCACCUCACGAGACAUAAAAAAAUACACACAGGAGAGAAACCCUGUAAGUGCACAGAUUGUGGAAAGAGCUUCAGUCGGAAUAGUCACCUUAUGAAACAUAAAGGAAUCCACACAAGAGAGAAACCAUAACUUGGAAGCUUUCAUCACAAGUGUUUUCUUCUCAUAAAGGGACCUACAAGGGAAAAACAAUAGAAAUAUGUGGACUGAGAGUAAAGUUCAGUUGCAAGAGUAGCAUUAUCAAACCUAAAGGAAUCCAUAUGGGAGAACCAUAAAAACGCCUGAAGUGUGGAAAUAAAUUCAAAAGGAGCACUGCAUUUAUUUCUCAUAAGAGGUCCUAUUGUUGGGGGAAAUGCCUGGAUUGCAUAGAAACUCUGAAUACCAAGACUGGCUGAUUAUUAUUAUUAUUAUUAUUAUUAUUAUUAUUAUUAUUAUUAUUAAAAAAACAGGAGAAAAUAUGUGAGUUUGGAUGAGCUACAUGAGCUCUAAAUGUGCGAUGUGUAGAAAGACGAUAUCCGUUCAUUAUAAAAAGUAUAUCCAGGAAUGGAGCAAAGAUACUGUUUUAAUAAGAACUGUCGUCUUAUGUCUCAGAGAGGUUCCACUUGGGAGAGGAACUUUGUAAAUGAGUGGAACAUAGAAAGGGUAGUGAUGGCUGAAAUUUAAGGUGGCCCUGACAAAGAACAGCGUCCAUUUGUUACUUGAAAAAGAAUCUUAACCAUUGCCAAGUAGUAUUUCUGAUCUGUUAACCCAGCAUGUGAAGCCAUAUUUCUUUGAAUGUGACGCACAUAAAAGAGGUGAAGGGUUUUGAUCAUGCUGCGUGGAUACCAUUUUGAUCCUCUACAGGUACCCCUUGAGCUGAGCUUGACUUCUUACAACUUUCUCUAUUCGGUUGUUCUCAACAUUAUUACCAACCAAUUUGAAAUUUUUUAAUGAUUUUUUUUUCUUCCAGCCUGCAGUGUUAAUGUUUCAGGUGAUCCAAGUCUUGUGGCCCAGCUUAGCUUCCGAGAUCAGCCUGGCUUGGUAACUGCUAUCACUUGUUGAAGCAUAAGAGGUCCUAAAUAUACACUUACAAACAUUUUCUAUGAGAAAAGGAAAAGUAUUGGUAAGAAAAUGUGUUGAAUAUCUGAAAGAGGAGAAAAGAUUCAAAGAGCCCCAAAGAGGAGGUGGAGGAGUUAUUUUUGUUAUGGUUGGUUGCAUAGUCAGUCAGAUGCUUAGAUUUGGCAUUUUUAUCUACCUAUCGAGUCCUUCCCAAGAACCUAGGACAGGCAGAUAUUGUUGUUUGAUGGUGUUAAAGGUAUCGUUGCAGGAUGUAAGCUGUUCCAAGUAAAGCUGCCCUUUGCAAUUGAUUGAUGGUGAUUUUGUCAGUGCCGGUGGUGUUCAUGUGCUCCAGAUGUUUUGGAAUUGCACCCAAGGUACCUAUUACUAUUGGUACUAUCUUUGCCACAGUCGUUCUAUUUGUAGGUUUUUGUUUUUGUAGUUUUCUCCAGUUCUUUCUCUUCUGUUGUCUCCGGGUAUUGCAAUGUCCACUAUCCAGACUUCUUUGUCUUUCUUAUCAACAAUUGUUAAGUCUGGGGUGUUGUGUGCCAGAUACUUCUCUGUUUGAAUUCUAAAGUCCCAGAGCACUUUGGCUCCUUUGUUUUCUAUUACUUUGCCUACUUUGUGCUGCCACCAGUUCUUGCUUGCAGGCAACCGGUAUUUCUUGCAGGUUUAUUAUUAUUAUUUAAUUAAUCCUCUGUGAACUUUAUUUUAUUUUUUUAUUUUCUAUCCUGCCUUUAUAAUCUGUAACUCAAGGUGGCGAACAGACCUAAUAUUCCUUCCUCCUAUUUCCUCCACAACAACAACCCUGUGAGGUGGGUUGGGCUGCAAGAGAGAGACUGGCCCAUGGUCACCCAGCUGGCUUUCAUGCCUAAGGCAGGACUACAACUCUCAGUCUCCUGGUUUCUAGCCCGUUGCUUUAACCACUAGACCACUUUUAUAUUUGGACACCUCAAGACAGCAAACAUACCCAAUACUCUGUCUCCUAUUUUAUCCACAACAAUUCUGUGAGGAGGGUUGGGCCGAGAGAGGGUGAUUGGCCCAAAGUCACCCAAAUGUUCAGGCUGAAAAUAACCUAAAGUUGGCAAAGUAUAUUCAGAAAAAAUACUUAUAAAGGAAAAUAACCCAUCAGUGUGCCAGGUGUUCUAUGGAUUUGGCCAAAAAAACGAUAACUGAAUUUUUAUUUUGCCUCAGUCGUUUUCACCAAGGAAGUAUGAGUCCAUCCCCACACUGUUAGACCAAACCUCAAGUAUUUCCCCAAUUUAAGAGAUUCAACCUGGGACUGUUGUAUUGGAGGCCAACAGGGUUUAUCAGAGAGCUCAAGAUAAAUUCCAUGAAAACAGAUUGAAGCAGGUGGGAAUAUUUAAUCUUGUAAAAAAGUCAACUAAGAGGGAUAUAAAAGCCCUGACGAAGCAUUUGAUGACGUGUCCCAUAGAAGAAAGGAAAGGCUUGUCACAGAUUGUCCCACAUUACAGAAUAAGUGUGGCAGAAUCUGGUUGAAAAAUAAAAAAUGUCAUUAUGAUAAUAGAGGUGAAACUGUCAAAUAAUAAUUCCUCAAAAACAGGAACACACUUCCUCUUCUCUAAAAGCCCACUAUUAGCCAACUCUGUAAAAAGGUUGUUAUAGCCUUGUCUCUUAAUUUAAGAAGAAUAAAAUAUUCGGGAUUUUUUUCCCUUUCCUAAGGAGCACACUAUUUUCUCCUGCUGUAUCUUUUGUCAGUAAAAGUGUAGAUGAAUUUCCCUGUUUUUUUAUUCUGCAUCUCCAGAUAGAGGUGAGUUGCUUCAAAUUAGUAUUGUGUUUUUCCCCAUUUUUCAAAGAUGUGUAAAGGUGGAACAUGGAAUGUGAAAAGAAUGAAACCACAUUCUUAGAAACUUGAAACAGAAUGAAGAGGGAGUACACUGAACUAAGCAAACUGAAUUGGACCAGGAAGGGCCACUUCAAAUCCAAUGAUCAUGUGAAAUACUAUUCAGAGCAUGAAACCAUCCAAAGCAAUGGAGUGGGCACAAUACUCAGAAAGGACUUUGCUGACUCUGUGCUUGUCCAUAAUUCAUUAAACAAGAUCCAUCAUUGUUUCCCAGCCAGCAAAAGCCACACAGUCAGCACCUCAGAUACACGGCUGCUGCCCAGUGUUGCUUUGACAUUCCUUGGUUUGCCUUUGGGAGUUCCUCUGCUCCUGAACUUUUUAUGUUCCCUCACACUCUGAGAAGUGUGCUAGUCAUUACUCUUUCAUUGCCUGACUGCAUUCCUCAGAGGUGUUCUCCCCUCUUCAGACCAAGUACCAUUUGCUGUGGGAGGAAGGAGAGCUGCCCCUGUUUUGCAGGAAGGAAAGUAGCCAUGAUUGAAAAGCUCAAACAGGAUCUUCCUGACUGAGGCAGGGAUGUCUCUUGUGUAUCAUAAGGAGAGUCCCCACAAGUUCUUCCUCUUUGGUUUCAUUCUCUAGGAGUAGGGAUAAGGUGCUGGGAGGGUGGG